GGAACAGAGACGGAGAAACAGUGCUGCAUGUAACAUCUGAUGACCAGUAUCACAUAGGUAAUACAUCCAAAGUUUCCCCCCUGCAGCAGCAGAGCCUCCUUGAAAACACAAUGAACAUCCCCAUCGCCUCCAUCCUGCGGGGCCUGGGAGGAAAAUGUGUUCUCAACUGGGCGCUGGUGUUCUUCCAGAGGAAACACAUCUGCCGAAGCUUCCUGGGAGUUUUCAGUGCGUCCCUGGCUGUCGUCGACACCCUCCUGACCCUCUCCGUCACCGCCCUGCACCUCCAGGCUGAGGGACACCUCCUGGGCUUAAAGCUGACCCGGUACCACGUGUGUCUGUUGGUCCAGAUCCUCGGAGAAGUGUACAGCGCUCUGCAGUGGCCUGUCGUGAUCGUGGCCGGUUUGGACCAUUUCUUCUCCGUCACUCGGAGGUGGCAGGCCUCCAGCAGGUUGAGCCUCUUUGGGAGCGGCCUGCUGUGGAUCCUCUCUGCUCUCUACGUCUUCCUGCUGUCUGACUUCAGGCCCGUCAUGGAGGAAGUGUUUCACAUCCAGAUCCACCAGUGCUGGGUCUUCCACACCUCUCAGAUCCUGCACAUUGCUACAUCUCUCCUCCUGAUCUUGGGCUGUGCAGCGUUGCAUGCUGGACGCCUGACAUUAAAACAUCCUCCUUUAAAAGAUCAAAUUACAGACCAAAGUAGAGCUCACUCCAGAAGAAGUUUUGUUCUCCAGACCCUGCAUAUAUUUCUGAACACAUGGGCUCUGUUCCUGGUGAUCCUGGCCGUGCUCCUCCUGCUGCCUGUGGGGAUACCUGCGUACCUGGGCCUGAGCGGCGCCUGGCUCUGCUUCCUCAACAGCCUCCUGAUAGCAGUGGUUUUAUGUGCAGUGUGUCCAGCCUCGCAGCUGGGGCAGGGCGGGGGGGCCAUGCCCCCCGACAGCGUCUGUGAGUGGAGAUUUACAUUUAGCCCGCCUUCGGAGGACAGAGCACGACCACACAAAACACAAACAGGUCUCGUGUUGGAAGAUGUGGACUAAACUCUUGAGACCUCAAUCUGGACCUUUUUGGUCAGACCAGUACUUUGGCUCAUCCAAUACCAAGAUGGUAUGAGGCAGAGAAAUCCAUGUCCUAGCAGAAUGAAUCCUAAAGACUUUGUUUAGCCCCCGGCUAUAAUUUAUUUUUUAAUACUAAAUCUUUUGAAUGCAUUUGAUCAACAGUUAAUAAAGUGAUUAAUUAAAGGAUGCAUUGUUUGUUAAAAUAAAAAUGUUCCAUCUCUAUUGAAUCAGUGUGGGUGGGAUGCUGCCAUUUCACGUCUGUUAGCUUUUCGUGGCAGAGUGGGCUCCUGGAAGCCCCUACUGUAUGGGGAACUAGAAUAGAGGAGGAUUUGAGGAACUUUGUAUUGUCAGUUGACACAUUUUGUCACUACAAUUUCGCAAUUGUGCAAUAUGUAGUCAUGCAACUUUGCAGAUGUUAAAAUUAGACGGUUGAGUUUAAAGAUGGGUGUGGUCCGAGCGAGGGCGCCAGCAGGAGAUGUGUGAGGAAGAAGCCCCUGAUCCAAUUUGUCUGAGUCUGGUGUGAUUGCAUCAAGAGAUGAUUUUUAAAAACAGACCCACCUUCACUAGCUGCAACAUUAAAGUGAACACAUGAAUGCAUCACUAUUUAUAAUCCCAAAGUAUGCUGUAAUAUAUACCAAGUAUAUUCUAAUUUUUAUUAUUAUUACUAAUUAUUAAAUGUAUUUCUACACUUUGAUUUUGCUACUUUUUAUAUUUGCAUACUUCUUCCAGAACUGAUCAGAUAUACAAAUAUUGUUGUAAUUAUUGAUUCCUCUGCCAAAUGAUCAUAAACUUAUUGAUCAUGGAGUCAAAAUAUAAAUGUACUUUCAUAUAACACAAAAACAGUGAGGCUGAAACCAGAAGAUGUUAUUAGUUUGAAGUAAGAAAUUAGUUUUCUGUUGAUCAAAGACUGAUUAAGUUAAUCGAGCUCUUUCAGUUCUACACAUUAUUAUUUUAAGAGAAAGGGAUUUUUUCUUUUUUAGCUUGAGUGCCACUCACUGGCUUCAUUGUGUCCAUACUGUUGUUGACUUUAAAUCUCCAUUAUCAGCUGUAGAGACGAUUAUGUACAAAACUACUGAAGUUAAAACCACAUCAGAAGCUUGCUUCUGAUGUGGUUCUUAAACACCAUAUUGAAGUUUUAACAAAGAAAUUGAAAUUCACUCUUGGCUUCCUUUUCAGAUUUAAAU